AUGCUGAUGGAAGAGCAAAAGAAGAUAUAUGAUGAGUUCAUAGACUCUGUUUUCAAAGAUAAAGCUGUAAGGAUCAGGGGAGAAAUAGUGUUGAAUACUGCAUCUAGCGGUAUAGCCUCUCUUUUGUUAGAAGGUGGCAGAACAGCUCAUUCAAGGUUUGGCAUUCCUUUAGAAGUUCAUGAAACGUCAAUGUGCAGAAUGUCAAGGUCUUCUGAUCUAGGUGAAUUAGUCCAAGAAGCGAAGUUGAUAAUUUGGGACGAAGCUCCAAUGAUGAGUAAAUACUGCUUUGAGACUUUGGAUAGAAGUUUGAAAGAUAUAAUGCGUGAUCCCGAAGAAAAACCUUUUGGGGUUUUGAGGCUAACAAGAAAUAUGAGGUUGCUGCAAAACAUAACUCCAAGUGAAGCCAGGGAGAUUGAAGAGUUCUCGAAAUGGAUUCUUAAUGUUGGAGAAGGAAGACUUAAUGAGCCAAAUGAUGGAGUUGUUGAUAUUGACAUACCAGAAGAAUUGCUUAUCAAAGAAGUAGACUCUCCAAUUGAAGCGAUCAUUAAUGCAAUAUAUGGUGAAGAAAAGAUUUACUUAAGUUCAGAUAGUAUUGAUCCUGCAGAUAAAAGGAAUAAAUACAAUCCUUCAUAUAGCCCGGAUUUCCUAAACUCAGUUAGGAUUUCAGGAGUAUCAAACCAUGCUCUUCGAUUGAAUAUUGGUUGUCCAGUAAUGUUGUUACGCAAUAUUGAUCCUCAUGGCGGUCUAAUGAAUGGAACAAGACUACAGAUUACACAAAUGGCUGAUCAUGUUAUACAAGCAAGAAUCAUAACGGGUACGCGAGUUGGUAAAAUUGUUCUUCUACCAAAAAUGGUAUUAAUCCCAUCAGAUACUUGUUUGCCUUUCAAGAUGAGACGUAGACAAUUUCCCAUAAACGUUGCUUUUGCAAUGACUAUCAACAAAAGUUAA